UGGGUCUGAUCGAAUGGAACGAAGGAAGAAAUUUCCUGCGAACAGGUCCUUUUAAACUCUUCAUUUCAUGGGAGUCAACAUUUAAAAAGUCGACAUUUCGUAGGACUCGUUAUUUUAAAAAGUAGUCAUUUCAAAGAGUCAUCAAUUCAAUGGAGUCGGCUUUUAAAGAAGUCUUCAUCCAUGAGGUGUACGCAUUUCAAAAUUUGAAAUAAAAACUCUUGUUGCGAGUUGGAGGAAUAACACUGGGAAAGUGAGUUUGAUUUAUUACGUGUAUCACGCGUUUAAUCAAAUUCUCGCUAUUUAUACACACUGAAAUUUCCUAUUAAAACCUCGCGUACGGUUAAUAUAAGAGCGACAUAAUCUUGGUACUAUUGCGUCAACUUAUAUCAUACAUUAAAAUAAAACUACGUCAUAUCAACAAGGAUGUGGAAGGGGCGUUAUGGUUUCCCCUUUAUAUGAUUGAAGUACAUCUAGUGUAAUAAACAACUCUCAAUGGACUCAAUAAACUGCUCUAGGUGAUCGCUUACAUUAAACGAUUCGAAGAAUCAUUUGGUUGCAAUUCUUUGUCAAGGGAAGAAAUUAAAAGACAUGCAAAAGUCUUCUGAAAGAACAGCUGUGAUUUUACGUUGCAAUUUUUCGAAGAUUAACAAGCACAUCGUCGUAUCAAAUGUCUCUGCUUUGCUAAACAGUGAUGGCGGCCAGUUUGUGAUACAAUGUGAUGAUAAAGCUGCAAGUGAUAAAGAAAUAGACAAAAAGAUGAGAACGAUUGAGCAAUGGAUUGAAGUACUUCUUGGUAAAAUGUUUAUGUUCGUCAAAAUCAAAUUUAAUGUUACUCUUCAAGAAAUAUGCAUCUAUGUCGAAAAGUUCCAUGAUUUAGUGACGGUAGAUUAUAAGAUGUUUCUUCCUUCACCUACGCAAAUCUGCAAAAUAUCAGGUCAAUCGUUGGUACUUGCUCGAGAAGCUGUAUUUGCGAAAAAUUCCAGUACAACAACAAGAUACGAUUUGCCAAGUGUGCAGGAAUCAUUUAUAUACGGAUCUAAAAUCCCCAUGCUUGAAUCAUAUGAAGUUCAGUUCAAGCAAUUGAAGUCGGAAUCAACCAAGAGCACCAGCUUGGCAGAUAGACUUGUUGGUAACAAACUUCUGGAAACUAUUUCAGCGUUUGCUAACUAUGGCGGUGGAGCAAUUUAUGUAGGGGUUGAUGACGAUUCACGGGAAAUUCAUGGAGAACGAGUGACAACAAAGGAAAAGGAGAAGAUUGUCGAAAAAGUUACAGAAAAAAUCAACAAAAUGGUUUGGUUUUCUCUUCAAACGAAGCCUUCCUAUGGCGUCCAUUGGGACAUAUAUUUUCGUGCCGUUGUUGACGAACGUGGAAAAUUGAUGGAGUCGACGUAUGUUAUUGUUAUUGUUGUUGCUCGUUGUACUGGUGGGGUCUCUGUUGGGGAACCAGAAAGCUACCACAUUGUCAAUGAUGUUGUAACAAGAAUGGAUUUGAAAACAUGGAGAGAAAGAUUUUUUCAAAAAGAAUCAUUGGUCAUGGAUCAUGGCAUUGAUCGACCAAAUUGGAGCUCUGAACGGAACCGUAAUUUAUUUCAUUGCAUGAAUGGAAGGUUGAUACGAUCAAUUAAUGCAGGUUCGUGGGAUGCGUUUGGGGGAGGAAAGAAAAAGCUAGAAUUAGAAAAUUCUAACUGCAACAUGACCAAAUUUGUCGUUAUUUCGAAUGAAAUAACUGCUCAUUACAAACUUGGGCGCUUUGACCUUGUAGAAAAUGGGAUUAAAGACUAUGAAUCACUGUUGAGUAAAUCUACAGUUGAUGCAAACAUUCACGAAGCUCGUUUGUAUCUUUUAAAGUCUUGUAUUCAACGAUGCCGUGGUAACAUUAAAAAGAGUUACGAAGAAGCUGACAAAGGUUUGACAAUUGUUGAUCAACUACCACCUGGUAUUGUAGUUGGUGAAUAUUAUUGCAAUCUUGUUUCCGUAAUCACCAUUCUUCUACAGUACGAAACUGAGCCAAGGCAGCGACAUAAUUUAACUGAAAAGUCAACUACAUUUUCUAGAAUAGCAAUCAAGAAUCUUGACGAUGCAGAAUAUUGCAAUUUAUCGAAAUUUGAUCAGAAACAGAAGGCGCACAUUAAUCUUGCUUUUUUGCUUCUGCAAUCUUCUUUUAUGGUUUGCACUAAACCAGAAAUUCAUGUAAGCAGCCAGGAUUUGGAACAGGCUAACGAAAGUUUAAAUACUGUAAACAAAUUGAUAAACGAAGGUUAUCCCCUGACAGAUUAUCGUGAAUGUCAGUAUCAUCUUGCGCGAUCGAUGCUCUUCUACCGACGCUCACAAAACGCUGAUUCUCAAGAAAUGGAGAGAUUACGCAAUGAAGCCGUACGUUUUGCAAAGAAAGCUGAAGGCUUAGCCACCAACUGUAAAUUUAAAAGCUUGAUGGAAUGCUCUCGUCAGCAUUUAAACAUGUUUCACCUAUAUCCUGUACGUUAAUGGUUCAGUCAUCACUAUACGCAUUAUAACCAAACGUUAAGAUUUCUAAAAGGUGUACGGUAGAUAUUUCUAUAGGUAUAGAGCAAGCAAGUGAGGUUAAUGAGUCAUGGCAUGAGACAUUAUUAGUUGAAAAAAACAGUACAUAUAGUUAUUGAACCAUCAGGAAUGUUCUGCUUUGAUAUGUCAACUUCAUUUGAUGAUGUAAAAAACAACGCAGAAAUAGUUUGUGAAAAGGAAUCAAUUCCCAUGAAACCCAUGUAAUAUAGCUAGAUGGUGAAAGAACAUUAAUUUUAUGUCAUGUACUUUUUAUACACCUUUUGUGGUCUCUUUGUUAUUAUUUUUUCUAUUGAUGAUUUACAAUAAAUUUGUGAUUAUUA